AUGCUGCUGUGGGAGAGACAGGUUAAGAUUGCCAGAGUCAGAGUAGAACACAUUGUGCCAUAUGCUGAGGCAGUGAAGACAGUAGACGAUGAGGGGUCAAGGAAUACUGCCUCAGAAAUGAUGGAAGCAGCAGAUGAUUACACUAUCUUCCAGAUGGUCGAGGAACAGGGUCAUCUACUACACCAAUACCACGACCAGCUGGGUCUACUGGGUACGACCAUGAAGGAGGUCCUCCUCGUUGUCAACCGCCUGGACAACACCAGCAAGAUGGGAGACCCCACCAAAGAGAUGUCCAAGGUUGCCACGGUCAUUUCCCUGCUGACCGGACGGCGUUGGAGAGUCACUGCCAGGACCGGCUGGGGGAGUGGGCCCGAGUUCCUUCCCUGGGCGGAAUACGCCCAGAACUCACUUCGUCACUCCACCACCAGGCUGACUCUCAGCCAGUGCAUCCUGGGAUAUCAGCUGGCCCCUGGUUCCUUGGACUCCGAACCAAAAGAGGCCCCUGCAAUUGAAGCGUGGUUCCGCCGUCAGAAGGAUCAGGCGGUCCACCACCGCAGUGAGGCUCCCGUGUUCCAUCCUGGUGAUCACGUCUGGCCCUCCAUCAGGAACCUCCCGUUCCACCUGCCGGAAGCUGAGCCCCUGGCUUGUGGGGCCCUUCAAGGCUGGUGGUUCCUGGUCCCCUGGCUGAUGCUAUCCCCUGCGAUACCCCUCCCCUGGACUUCGAGGACCCCCACUUAUGCUGUUAGGUCUCUCCAUGACUCCCAAUGUUGUGGGGGUCGGCUCCAGUACCUGGUGGAGUGGGAGGGGUACAGUCCUGAUGAGUGCUUUUGGGGCCCAGUAGCAGACAUCCCAACGUCAUCCAUUGCCGUCGUUCGGCCCGCUCCUCGCCCUUGGGACCAUCCUCCUGGCCGGUGUCAUCUUGCGGCAGGGGCUGCACGUCGGCGGGGGGGGGGGAUUACUACUGUCAUUCCUACUCCCUCCGGCGCUAGAUGUCGCCAGUCUACUAACCACCAAAACGCAGACCAUCAAUAAAUCUGCAUUUUAAACCAUUUCACUUGAUCAUAGUGAUCAGGGGUGUGCAACUAGUUUUCCUUCACAGAAAAUACAUGAGUGCAAGAAAAUAGCUUAAUUUUCAUCAGCUGACAACAGCAGUGCAAUGCUAUUUGGCUAGCAGCCACACAAGUAAAUGAGCUUACAAUUAAAAUGCAAAGUCUUUUUUUGCAAAAACAAUUCAUGGCCAUUAUAUUUCCAAUGUUUAUCAUAUAAAUAAUGUAGCCAGUUACAUUUCCUAAUGUUUUUUAAAAAGUUAAUCUUGCAUUGUACCAGAGAAAAGUAGGCUACGCUGAGAAAAAUACGAGGUACACGUUGGUGAAUUCUCAUCCGACUGGAGAAAUGCAAGUCAAGCACAAUAUUUUUCUGAGGCCAAGCAGAAAUUACAAUAAGAAGCAUUUUAGCAAGAUAUUUCUUGCUGAAAAAAGGCAGAAUACUGCGCUAAUACGACCCCUGAAAACUUUUUGGGUGUGCUAUGAAAGUGUAGUUUCUGAGGUUUCAAAAUGCAUAUUGCAUGCAAUGAUUACGGGGGGGUGUGGUAUAAUGAGGUAUAUAUUAGAGCAGUAAAAAUAAAUGUUUUGUCAUACCCGUGGUAUACCAUGGCUGUUAGACAAUCAGCAUUCAGGGAUCGAACCACUCAGCUUAUAAUAAAGGUUAUACAAUGGGUGGGUCUAAUCCUGAAUGCUGAUUGGUUAAAACCUCAUUCCACCCCAGUAAUCAUUCCAGCCAGUGUCUAUUCCACAAAUUACCACUAGCUAAAUCUCUGAUGUUAAAAUGGCAGUCUGUU